CAUGUUAGUAUCUGUAUUUCACUACAAGUUACAAACAGCAAGUAGCUAUUGUACUCCACCAUAAAUUUGCUCAUACCCUCCCACAACACUCACUGGCUCAACUGACUUUGGCUGACUCAAUAUUUUCUUUCUAUUUUCUCUUCUGGGGCUAAUUUUUUUUUUUCUUUCUUGACAUGCAAAUUGGGUCCAUCUCUGUCGUCUCUUAGUUGCUAUGUACGUGUGUCUAUAUAUAUCUCUCUCCAUUUGCAUUUGACGACAAGUUCGGACUGCAGCCUGCAGGUGCUGACUGGUAUUUCGCCAUUUUAUUAGCCUAUAAAGCUACCAGACAACACUUCUUCUCACCUCCUCUCGUACCAUUCAUCAUCCCUCUCUUUCUUCUUAGUGAUCUGAUCUCCCGAUCGUACCAUUCAUCAUCAUCUCUCUCUCUCUCUUCUUAGUGAUCUCUUAUUCAAACACUAUAUUAUUGCAAAUUCUCCCUUCGUUUUACUAUUUGGGUGGAUUCGUACUAUCUCACUCUCUCUGCUACUCCCUUUUUUUUACUACAAAUUCACCAUCCUCGCUUCUAUCUCCAGCCAAAUUUACCCUCCUUCGUCCUCAUAUAUAGUUUGUUAUCCUAUCUGAGGCAAUAUAGAGGCAAACCCAUCAAGGAAAACUGAGUGAAGAAGAAGAAAUUGAGAAAUGAUGCAUAGGUGCAGUAGCUCUCAAGGGAAUAUGAUGGGUCAAUGUACAUGUGGUCUGUUUCACAGCCAAAGCAACUCUUUCACCAUGCUAUUUUCCAUGCCAAACCACAACAACUCUUUCGAUGAAACAGACAUAUAUCCUUUUGCCUCUUCUUCAUCUUCUGUUGAUUGUACUCUUUCUUUAGGGACCCCAUCUACUCGUCUAUGCGAAGACGAUGACAAAAGAAUCCGCCACGAACGCCGCCCUAGUUCUUGCAUGUCAAACUUCUGCUGGGAUAUAUUGCAAACCAAUAAAAAUACGCCUUAUUCUCCUCAUACCCAUAAAACUAGCCGUGGAAGCAAUUCUAGUUCCAAUAAUAACUCCGCCAAUAAUGAUCCUCUACUUGCUCGCCGCUGCGCCAACUGUGAUACCACUUCAACUCCUCUUUGGAGAAAUGGUCCAAGAGGCCCCAAGUCACUUUGCAAUGCAUGUGGAAUUCGGUUCAAGAAAGAAGAGAGAAGAGCCACAGCUGCAAAUGCAAUCAGCAACAGCAAUGCAAGUGCAUCAUCAUCAGGAACAAUGGAGCAGCACUACGCUUAUCAAAACAAUUCAUGGGUUCAAACCCAGAAAAUGCCAUGCUACUCUCCGGCCAAUGAAUUCAGGUUCAUAGAAGACAGCGAUCGAGAUUCUGAUGCGGGCAUUCCUUUCGUUUCUUGGAGACUUAACGUCACAGACAGGUCAAGCCUUGUCCAUGACUUUACGAGAUAAAUUUUUGAAAAGAAAAAAAGAACAACAACAAAAAAGGUGAAAGGAAAUCAAAAGAAAAGCAAGAACAAAAACAAGAAAAGAAUGGUCAAGUUCAUGAAAGAUGCAGUGACAGCUACAACUUGAAACGAAGAUGAUGUUGAAGAUGUUCGUGAUGUUGAUAGACCUGAUGUUUAUGGUCUAGUCUCGUAAAAUUCAAUUUUCCUUUAUCUUUAUUGCUUGGUUGAAAUUUUCUUCUUCGUUUGGUUUGUUUUCUUUCUUUUUCCUUCCUUUUCUUUUCUCCAUCGUUCAUGGAUGGAGUGAAAACGGGAUAAUUCUAUGUUCUUAGUUGUUUUUUUUUCUUUAUUUAAUUAGGUUCCGUAAACUUUAAUAUUAUUAUUAUUAAUAUAUAUUCUCUUAUCA